AUGUAUCAAUCCAGUGCACCAGGAAGAAGGCCAAGCCUAAUACAUUACACUGCCAUCAGCCUAUCACCAGCUGAAGUUGGACAUCGAUGUGGCCUACAAUUAACUGAGCUGCACUGUUAUGUGUCAACCCGAAAAGUAGGAAGAAGAGUGCCACGGAGAACAGGAGAUAAAUACAACCAGCAACAGGGAAGCGAUGAAAGAUUGUUUUCUCAGUGGAUUCUUUACUUUGUUGGUGUGUUUACAAGUUUAGAGAAGAAUCUUACUUUAUUCGAUAAAGAUGGGCCGCUCCACACCAUCACACACGCAGUCAUUGAGCAUCAUCGCCUUGGGCAUGAGCAUCAUCUCGGAGAUGACCGCCUUGCAGGGGAUCGGGCAGUUCACCCCAUUGAAGAGCUGGCCGCAGUGCUUCAGUUGGAAGCCAGGAGGCUUCGCCGUUAUUGGGUUCACCCCAUCAAUCUGCUGCGUGACGACCAUGGUCAUAUUGGUCAUCUUUAUGCUGAGCUCAGAAGUUUUCCGGAGAAAUUCUAUAAUUUUGUCCGUAUGGCAAUGGAGGCAUUUGAUAAUCUUUUGGCCAUUGUUGGACCACAUCUUCAUCGUUCCAACACACAUUUGCGCAAAGCAAUCUCCCCAAUGGAGCGUCUGUUGAUCACCUUGAGAUUUCUUGUGACUGGGGAGAGUUAUGCCUCAUUACAUUUGCAGUUCCGUGUGGGCAAAUCAACCAUCAGUGGGAUUGUGAAGGAAACCUGCACCAUGAUUUGGCAGUACAUGCAGCCAAUUUUGUUGCCUUGUCCAAACCAGGAGAGAUGGCUUCAGGCAGCAUCUGGAUUUCAGUCCGUUGCCCACUUUCCCUACUGCCUAGGCGCUGUCGACGGGAAGCAUAUUCGUGUCCAGCAGCCACCGGGAACAGGAUCACGAUUCUACAAUUAUAAAAAAUAUUUUUCCGUUGUCCUGAUGGCAGUGGCUGAUGUUCAUUACAAGUUUCUGGCUAUUGAAGUUGGCGCCUAUGGCAGUAGCACAGACUCACAGGUGCUGAUGUCUUCUGAAUUUGGUCGCCAUGUCAUUCAAAAUCAAGUGACUCUGCCUCCACCCCAGCCACUUCCUGGUACCAUGAAUCCCCUUCCCUAUGUUUUUGUCUCUGAUGAGGCUUUCCCCCUUCUGCCGAACCUCAUGUGCCCAUACCCACAAAGGGGAAUUGAUGACCGUAAGCGAGUGUUCAACCAGAGGCUUACCCGGGCACGGCGCUUUGUGGAGUGCGCAUUUGGGAUCAUGGCUGGGAAGUGGAGGAUCUUGAGCACUGCUAUUCAGUUGAAUGUUGACACAGUAGACUCAGUCAUUAAAGCCACAUGUGUUCUCCCCAACUAUAUUCUGGACUAUGCUAGCCCCGAUCUAGAAGAGGAGGAACAUGUGGCGUGGGGUGUGUCUGCUGGGUAAUGGGGUUCUGGACGCACAUCCCAACAAGCGAGAGAGGUUAGAGAAGCCUUCACUUCCUAUUUCCUGUCUCCUGAUGGUGCCGUUCCCUUGCCUCCCCCUUUGUAAAUGUUGUAUCCUGCAUAAUUUUGAGUGUUGUAUUUUUGUUGGGAAAAAGUCUGAGUAGUAAAAUCCAAAUUAUAA